CAGCAUUUCUCUGCUUCAAUGGCAUUUCAUUACCUUCUCCUCUUCGCUUUACUCAAUUUGAGGCUUCAGUGCUCAGCUCAGCGAUAUUUAGUAUCUCUUGGUGCAGGAAGUCAUGGUGCUGUACCUGAGGAGGAUUAUUGGAAGUCUGUGUUCCCAAAUACUCCAAUGCCAAAAGCAUUGAGAGAUCUUUUACCUCUAGCUGCUUCAGGAACCAAGAACAUGUUGGCAGACAUGGUUAAGGAUGAUAAGAAACCAACAGACGGCUUUGGGAAUUAUGCAUAUUCAGAUCCAAGCAAGGAAUUCAAAGGAAGCAAGAACAUGUUGGGUGACAUGGUUAAGAACAAUGAUAAAGUAGUAGACGACCGUGCAAAUUAUGGAUAUGGAAAUCCAAGCAAGGAAUUUGCAGAUGGAAACGCCCCAACCAACAAAGAUGUCUACUUUUUUGAGAGCGAGCUGCAUCCUGGUAGGACGAUGAUUUUAAAGGACCUAACCAAAAAAGCAAGCAAAGCAACAUUCCUACCACGUUCAGUUGCAGAGUCGAUCCCCUUUUCAACCCAAAAGAUUCCGGAAAUCUUGAAGUAUUUUUCACUGGAAGCAAAAUCAGCAGAAGCUAACUUACUCAAAGAAACAAUUGAGAAUUGUGAAAGACCUGCCCUUGGUGGAGAAGAAAAGUAUUGUGCUAAAUCAUUUGAAUCGUUUGUCGAUUUGGGUGUUUCCAAGCUGGGAAAAAACAUCCAACUUCUGUCAAAUGAAUUGGAAAAAGAAACACAAAACCAAGAGUUUACUAUUGGGCAGGGAGUGAAAAUGAUGGGAGAAUCAGAGAUCGUUUGUCACAAGAUGAAGUAUGCAUAUGCUGUGUUUUUAUGCCAUUCCAUUGAUAAAACAGCUGUGUAUACGGUUCCAUUAGUUGGGGCAGAUGGGACAAGAGCUAGGGGGUUGGCUGUUUGUCACAAAGAUACAUCAACUUGGAACCCCAAGCACUUGGCUUUUCAGAUUCUCAAAGUUAAGCCAGGAACUGUCCCCAUUUGCCAUUUCCUAGUCAGAGAGACCCUUGUCUGGCUUCCCAACUAAAAUUGCUACAAGAUCGGUAAAAAAUGGCACUUGAUAAAUAUAUUUAUAUAUAUGUAUGUAUAUAUA